ACAAACGUAUCUGUAGCCGUUUUGCACACGACAUUAUGAAGUAAUCCACAUCGACGUGGCCUUGACAACCAAAGGUACAGACAAACGCCUACAUUAAGCACAGUACCACGACAUGACGUCAUGCAACAACAUCAGCCAAUCAAAUUAUUCCGUGUCAAAGGAGACCCUCUUGUGGAAGGAAAAUGAAAACAUGGCCAAGACUCUCAUUCCUGCCAUGGCGUUUGUAGGAGUCAUAUUGGUGACCGGAUUCUUUGGGAACGCUUUAGUAUGCCAUAUAUUCACAAGAAGGAUUCCUUUAUCUGUCAACACUUUUCUUCUGGUCUUCCUCGCAGCCUUGGACCUGGUGAACUGCACAUUGGCAAUGCCGUUCGAAAUAAUGGAUAUGCGCUAUUUCUAUCUUUUUGACAGUGACAUAACAUGUAAGAUAUUUCGUUUUAUUGUAGCAUUUCCCAAUAUCGACUCGGCAUUUGUUCUGUUGAUCACAACAAUCAACAGGUACAGGAUGGUAUGUAAACCCAUGUCAGUUCAAAUGACUAUGAAAGAGGCCAAGAGGCAUGUUGCCAUAGCAACCACUGCAGCCUUUUUGCUCUCCCUGCCAGCUUUGGUAAUAUAUGGAAAACGAACAGUGAAAACAAACACAUAUGGACUGUGUGGACACGAUUGUACAACAAGUGAACACAUGAAAGGUUUAAUGUUCCCCUUGAUUUACCAAAUAUUUGGAGGAAGUGUAGUGUUGGUUAUAUCUGUGGCGAUAUGCUAUAUGUAUAUCAACGUUUGGAGAGAAAUACGGAAACAUAAGAAAAACAUUUGUAACAACACACAGUUUGUUCUUCAUGAAAAUUCAAGGAGAGGAAAUAUUUCAAGCACCAAUUCAGAUUUUCAGAAUGAAGAGGUCCCAGAAAAAAAGACAACAAAGCAUAAAUUAUUUCGGGGAAAACGCAUAACCGUCAUUGCUUUUACAGUGACAUUUGCUUUCAUACUGAGUUACCUCCCUUAUGCUGCAAUCAUAACCGUGCGCGGUAUUCAAACUUUGACAUUUCAUCCUGAUGGAGUGUGGUUUGUAACGUACAACAUUCUAAUUCGGUCGUACUUCAUCAGUUCAAUGAUAAACCCAUUAGUGUACGGAUUCAUGAGUCAGACGUUUCGACAGGAGUGUUUGAAACUGAUUUUUUUCAAAUGAUAGCUAAUUAAGAUCAUUGUUUUGCAAUAAAACAUCGAA